UUCUGACUGCUACGUGGUACGAGAACAGCAGCUAUGUUAUCCUUUUAGAAUCAGAGCGCAAGAAGAAACUAUGGAGUGUAAAUUACAGUUGCUGCAAUGGCAACAGCAUUGGUGUUGCUCAUUUCCAUUGAUAUCUGCUUCUCAAAGCAAAAAGUUACUCACGCCGAAGCAGCGCUAUUUGUCAUUCUUUACCAAAUCAGCAAAAAUAGGUGGUGGUGGGCUGAGGCUCAGGCCGAGGCCAGUCACUGCCCUGCCUAAAAAGACUGAACAGAGACAGCAGCCGAUAAUAGACAUAGAUGGGUUUGGCCUUGGGAACUCGGGAAUAAUAAUAUCUUCUUGCUUGGUAGGUCUCUUCACUGGCAUAGUUGUGGUCAUAUUCAAUAACAGUGUACAUGAAAUUCGAGACAUUUUCUGGGAUGGUAUUCCGCACCGGGGUGCUUCCUGGUUGAGAGAGGAGCCCAUUGAAUCCAUUUGGAGUCGUGUCGUUUUAGUGCCUGCUGGUGGUGGUUUAUUUGUAAGCCUUAUUAAGGCUCUUCAAGCUACUCUGGAAGAAGAAAACAUUUCAAAUAUGAAUUUUUAUGAUUACUUGAAGGCAGCUUUGCAGCCUCUUUUGAAGGCAACAGCUGCUUGUUUCACUCUUGGCACUGGCAAUUCCCUGGGGCCUGAAGGUCCAAGUGUGGAAAUUGGAAAAUCCAUUGCCAAGGGAAUUGGGAAUUUAUUUUAUUUAAGUCCUCAAAAAAGCCUGCCUCUCGUGGCUGCAGGUGCAGCUGCUGGAAUUUCUUCGGGGUUCAAUGCGGCUGUUGCUGGUUGCUUUUUCGCUGUAGAGUCAGUCUUGUGGCCGUCGCCGGCAACAGAUACAGAAUCCUCCACAUCAUUGCCAAAUACAACUUCCAUGGUCAUUCUUAGCGCUGUUAUAGCUUCUGUGGUGUCUGAAGUUGGUCUUGGUUCUGAACCUGCCUUUAAGGUCCCAGACUACGAUUUCCGCUCCCCUGGCGAACUCCCACUGUAUCUAUUGCUUGGUAUCCUUUGCGGUUUGAUUUCUUGGACCUUGUCGAGAUGCACAACAUAUAUGCUGGUAAUUUUCAAUGAUCUGCAUAAAGUCUUAGGGACACCAAAGGCUGUGUUCCCUAUAAUGGGUGGUGUGACUGUUGGUCUGAUAGCCCUGGUGUAUCCUGAAAUCCUUUACUGGGGUUUUGAGAAUGUUGACAUUUUACUAGAAUCUCGACCAUUUGUGAAUGGUCUCUCGAUCAAUCUAUUGCUACAGCUGGUAGUAGUCAAGAUAGUUGCUUCCUCUCUGUGUCGGGCUUCUGGAUUGGUUGGGGGUUACUAUGCCCCAUCCCUCUUUGUUGGUGCUGCAACAGGAAUGGCAUAUGGGAAAUUCAUUAAUAUUGCAAUUGCCCAAUCCAAUCCAGCAAUUGAUCUUUCCAUCCUGGAAGUGGCAUCGCCACAGGCUUAUGGCUUGGUUGGAAUGGCUGCUACUCUUGCAGGAGUGUGUCAGGUACCUCUUACUUCGGUAUUGCUACUUUUCGAGUUGACACAGGAUUAUCGGAUAGUUUUGCCCCUACUGGGAGCUGUUGGGCUAUCUUCAUGGAUUACAUCUGGGCUGAGGAGAAGAGAUGUCAAAGAGACUAAAAAAGCUGUACAAGAGGAGGCUCAUGCAAAUCAACAAUCUGAGAUAUAUCCCAGUCGGGCAAGUGGGUUGUCUUCCAGUUAUUCAUUGGCUAAAGAUGAAUCUGAUGCAAGCAACCUUUGUGCAGUUGAAAGCUCACUUUGCUUAGAUGAUUCAGAUCUCGAAAUUGAAGAGUUAGGGAAGAGAAUUUUUGUUUCAGAAGCCAUGAGAACCAGAUAUGUGACUGUUUUAAUGACCACUUCACUGGUGGAAGUGGUGACUCUCAUGCUGGCAGAGAAGCAGUCUUGUGCAAUGAUUGUUGAUAAUGAUAACAUUUUACUUGGUUUACUAACACUUGGAGACAUUCAAGACUUCAGCAAAUAUGCAAUAGCCAAAAAUAGCAUUAGCCAUAAGGAGCUGUUAGUAUCUGAAAUAUGCUCUGAUAGUGAAAAAUGUCAAGUUUCAUGGACAGCUACUCCCAGUAUGGACCUUCUUUCUGUCUUAAUGACUAUGAAUAGACACGGUAUAAGUGAAGUUCCAGUUGUUUUGGAGCAUACUGAGGAUCAGAGAGGACACUUGGUUGGCCUUUUAGACAGAGAAUGUAUCAGCCUAACUUGCAGAGCUCUAGCAACUAGAAAAUCCCUGAGCUAGUAUUCUAAGUUGUGGAAGAUGAGUCUUCUUUUAGCACCAUAUAUUUUAUCAGUCAAAAGAAAGGGAUGCAUCAUGUGGAGAUUGAGAUCAUUAUCCAAUUUCUGGACACCUACCAUCACCAGUCUAGUGCAGGUGUAUGCUAUGCGGGCAUUGCAACCUUGGAUUCCUCAUCUACUUCAACAGAGGUUCCGGUGUUUUCUCAUUUAGCAGAAACUAUAAGCUCAGCGGGCUAUGCAGCACAGGAAAGAAAAGAUCUUUCCUUUUAGUAAAUAGACUAACUGUUAAGCUUCCACAGACCAUAUCUACAGCCGAGGAACAACAGGUUGCAUGACAAGCUUAUAGAAGAAUAGUACAAUCUUCAAUGCCACACAUCUGCAUAUUCGGGUUCAUUAGCCCCUAAUUUACUUUUAUAAAUUUAUUCCUCUUUUAUAUAGUAAAAUAAUGUUUUCAUAAAAGACAUGGCAUGGACCAGUUCGAAUUCAAUAGUGGAAGCAUAUCACUGAAACAUAAAUUGCAUCAGUGGAGGUCUGACAAUCGCUCUGAGGGCAUACAAGACUAAAUGUACAUUUUUGAAGUCUAUAGUUUCUCUCAUCAAUUGUUAGAUUAAUGGAUUCUCAGGUUGGCAUAAUAAUAUGAAUAAAAUCUGCCCAAAAUGAAGUAUGUCCCAA